AUGGCUUCCUCUACGCUUUCCUUUCAACUUCUCUCGUUAACAACCUUAUCCUCAAUCUCUAAAACCAGUUCUCCUUCUGCUCUCUGCAACUUUCCUUCCUCCAUUAAUCCUUUUCCCAAGCUUUUCUCCAUACCUUCUUCGAUUAAGCUCUUUGAAGCCACUCCAUCGUCCAAAUUCGUCCGAAAUUUAGCUGUUGCUUCACCCUACGGUUUGGAUGAGGAUUUAUCAAGCGACGGAGAUGAAGACCAGCGGACGAAUUAUUCCCCCGACCUUAAAGUUUAUGUCGGAAACUUGCCGUGGAAUGUUGAUAGUGCAGCUCUUGCUGGACUGUUUCAACGAGCUGGGAAUGUUGAAAUGGUUGAGGUUGUAUAUGACAAAAUCACCGGAAGAAGCAGGGGUUUCGGGUUUGUGACCAUGUCCUCCGUUAAAGAAGUUGAGGCAGCUACUCGACAGUUCAAUGGUUAUGAACUUGAGGGGAGACAACUUAGGGUAAACUCAGGGCCACCACCAAGUAGAGACGAGUCUCCUUUCAGAGGGUCAAGAGAUGGAGGCCGUGAUGGUGGCCGUGGUGGUGGUGGUGGUGGUGGGUAUGGUGGAGGGAGAAAUCUGGACAACACAAAUAAAGUUUAUGUUGGAAAUCUUGCAUGGAGUGUGGACAAUUUGGCUCUUGAAACUUUGUUUCAAGAACAAGGAAAUGUUAUGGAAGCUAGGGUUGUUUAUGAUAGGGAUAGUGGAAGAUCAAAGGGUUUUGGUUUUGUGACUUUUGGUUCUGCUGAUGAGGUUAAUAGUGCUAUUGAAUCAUUGGAUGGUGCUAGUGUUGAUGGUAGAAAUAUCCGAGUGACUGUUGCUGAAGCUAAACAGAGACCUCAGUUCUAA